CUGAUUAGGAGGAUUUAAGGUUUUCCUGUAGAGGGCAGCAAUGCAACAACUUUGGAUGCCGGCUGCCGUGAAACCCCAAAGAAGAAGAAGUGGAAGGAAGCUGCUUCUCCACCUCGUCGUGUCGAGAUAACAAGUCGCUGUCGGUCCAGGAUUUCAGCUUUAGAAGCAUUGCCGCCUACCUCUAUCUGCUGUGUCCCUCCUCCAUCACCUCAUCAUGAGUUUUCCCUCACUCUCUUCAUCCCCUCAGAAAAACAAAUCAUUUUCUCAGGGUCUGAAAGAAUCACCUGAAACUGUCAGCGUUGACUCACAUCAGGCAAUAGACAAAAAGAAGAAAAAGAAGGUUUUGUCUCCUCCUACUGACGGUGGAGAGUUCAGUGGCCAUCAAGAGAAGGUCGAGGCGGACAUCGGUGCUACAGAAAUCACAAAGAUAGAAAAGAAACCUAAGAAAAAGAAGCGCAGGCUGAGUGGCAAGAGUGCUGCCAUUGCAACCAAUAAUAAAAACCAAGACCUUGAUGUAUUCUGCACAGAAACACACAAAACCUGGAAGGAGGAGGAGAAAAAAAAGAAGAAGAAAAGUGGGGUGGAGUCACAGGAAGGGGAUAGUAAUAAUAAUAAUAAUAAGAAGAAGAAGCAGCGGCAGCAAAGCAGUGAGAAAAAAAAACAAAAAAUAAUGGUGACAAGAAGAAUGAAGAAGAGGGAGGAAGGAAAAAACACUGCAGGAACAGAUUUUGUCAGCUUGGACAUGGCGCUGGUGGAGGAGUUGCAGGAGUUUGUCCCUGACGUCAAACAGAAAUCAAUUCAUCAAAUCAGUAAGCUGCUGAAAUACGACCUGCUGCGCUUCAGGAAGUUCAAGCAGCAAGGUGUCUCUGUACGCUGGGGGCGGUGUUCUAAGGUGGAGAAUGAGCAAAUCAGAAGGAAUGUUUCAGACUUCCUUGCUCUUACUGGCAUCAGCUCAGCCAGUCACCUGCUGUUUCCUCAGAGGUACAAAGAGCAGGAGGCUGACUUCAGGAAGCUCAGAGUUCAGCAUCACUUCCUGGAGAAGAUUGCUGAGGGGAUCCCUCGGACAUGUCAGCAGGUUGUCACCAGAGCCAAGAAAAUGUUUGAUGAAAGGAACCACAUGGGAAGAUUCUCAGAGGAUGAGGUGCAUUCUCUGAUAAAGUUGCAGAACCUCCAUGGUAAUGACUGGAGAACCAUCUCUGAGAAGACAGGCCGCAGCAUUUAUGCCCUACAGAAGCGUUUCUCCAGCCUCGCUGCAGGACGGGGCCCGUGGACGGCAAAUGAAGAGUCCAGGUUAAGGCAAGCUCUCAAGGCUCAUUUGGAGGCCCUGCUCCAGCUGAAUUCUAUUGGUCCUGGUCUGACCAGAGACCAGCUGUGCACUAAUCUUCCCUGGAAAGAGAUUAGUCACGAGGUUGGAACCAGAUCCUGGACCCAGUGUCGUCUUAAAUGGUUCAGCAUCCUGAAAAACAAACUGUCGUCGUGUGGCAGUACCUUUAACAGAGGCCCUGAAGGACUGCAGGCCAAAAUUCAGCUCAUCAACACGUUGUAUAACAUGCAAGUGGACGAUGCAGCCGACAUUGACUGGGACAGGAUUGCGGAGACUAUUGGUAAAGUCACUCCAGUGUGUGUACAGAAGAGUUUCCACAGGUUGAAAGUUUCCAGAGUUCCCAACUGGACCAGUUUAUCGUAUGGAGAGACUGUAGACUUUCUGAAGCAGAAAGUGGUUCCUAUCCUGCAGGAGAAACUGAGCAAGUUCAGCAAGGAGGAGAUGCAUCAGGAGCUGGAGGAAGGCAGCUACCACCUGUCUGACAUCUUCAGCUGGGAAGAUGAGGAGAACAAGUACCAGGAGUUGGACAACAGUCAGCUGCCCUUCAGCUAAUCAGGACAUGGCUAUAGAAACAGUUCUCAUACAAAUACAUGACUGAACAACGACCCGUCCCACUUUCUCUUGUUAGUCUGAAAUGUGAGGAUUUAUAUUGUCUUGCCUGGACAGGAACUGUGGCUUUUCUUUUGAAGGCCACCAUUAAUCAUGUAAAGGCGUGAAUUUGUCCUUUUGUGACUGAUUAUUGGAUCAGUCAUAAAACUAAUGUCUUGUUUAAAAAGCUCCACAGGUGACAAUGUUUUUAUUUUAAUUUACUUGGUACUCAAAUAUAUGGAAUAUUUUAAAAACUACUUUUGAAAGUACAAACUUGGUCAGUUAUUUAGAAUGUGCCUAAACAUCUGCAACAAUUUGAAGAUGUCAUUAAGUUUGUUUAUUGCUUUGUUCCACUUGUGAUAAAAUAUUAAAUAAAAAAAAAAAUCAAAACAUUUGGAAGUAAA